AUGGUCUACUACAUAAACAGAACGAGUCGAACCCUAGCACAUGACGCCGCAGAACUUGUCGCCUGGACAGAAGCCAUCCCAGAAGAGGCUGUGCAGUAUGAUUUCCUCAUGGAUGGGCUCUUGGCAAUGGCGUCGCUUCAUUUCGCAUUCUACAAUCCGGACUCGCGUAGGCAAUACACCGAAUUCGCGAUACGAUAUCAAAACGAGGGUCUGCAAAAGUACAACGACACUCUGGGAGAUAUUAACGAAACAAACUGUACUGCACUUUUUGCCUUCUCCAUUCUUAUCAAUGUCAUGGCCAUCGCUUUGCCAAAUGCAGAUCCGAGUUCCGCAAAUUCAGCGCAUACCGAGAGCCUGAUGACCACGCUUGAACUAGGGCAGGGUAUAGGCAUCAUACACUCGAAAUCUGUUACCCUCCUGAACAAUGGAAAACUGGGAUCAUUCUUCCGACCCUCACCAGAAGACUUGGACCCCGACGAGGAGACAAAUGCCGCGUUAGACAAGCUUCGUCAACAUACAGAUAGCCUUCUACAUUCCAGUUUUAUCGACGAAGAGCGCCAUGCUGUCUAUGCCUCAGGAAUCCGGUGUCUUGCACUCGUUUUUGGACAUAUGACGAGCUCGAAUCAUUUGGGGCGCGUCAUUGGCUGGCCUGCGAUGAUUUGGCCAGAGGAACACAGGGAGGCGCUCAUGAGGUUGAUCCGAAACGGCGAUAUCAUGGCUCUUACCAUUUUUAUGCAUUAUGGUGUGCUUUUACUCCAUAUCCGGCAUCUUUGGUGGGGGGCGCGUACGGGGGUUAGCCUCAUCGAGGACCUGGCGAUCUCGGUACGUGCUGCAGGUCCUGGUUGGGCUGCGCUGACCGAGUGGCCAAGGGAAGUCGCUAGGCAAAUUGAAGAUGGUGGGCGAGGCGCUUUCCAGUUUGAUGACUCGCUGCCGGGAAGACUCGCGUAA